CUGAAGAUGAACUGAGAAGAUGUUCAAUUGUGAGAUGGGACACAUUAUUAAUGUUUUUAAAGACUUUUCACUUAACAACUGAAGAAAAUGUUUCAUGUGUUUGUUUUAAUCUGUCUGUGCUGGUGGCAACUGAUUGGUGUGCUUGGCGAGUCAAUGUCAGUGACGGAGGGAGACUCUGUUACUCUUCACACUGGUGUUACUCAAAUACGUGUAGACGAUGACAUACUGUGGAACUUUGGAGCUGAAAAGUCUCAAAUAGCUAAAAUGAAGAAAAAGAAGCAAAUCUUCAACACAUCUGAUGUUCCUGAUGGCAGAUUCAGAAACAGACUGAAGCUGGACAAUCAAACUGGAUCUCUGACCAUCACUGACAUCACAACUCAACAUGCUGGAGUUUAUCAACUAGAGAUAGCUGGAGCAAAAAAAUCAUCAAAAACAUUCAGCAUUUUUGUCUAUGCUCAUCUGUCUGUUCCUGUCAUCAGCAGUAACUCUUCGAACUGUUCUUCAUCAUCAUCACAGCAGAAUUGUUCACUGGUGUGUUCAGUGGUGAAUGUGAGUGAUGUGACUCUCUCCUGGUACAAAGGAAACAGUUUAUUGUCCAGCAUCAGUGUGUCUGAUCUCAGCAUCAGUCUCUCUCUACCUCUGGAGGUGGAAUAUCAGGAUGAAAAUGCCUAUAGUUGUGUACUCAACAAUCCCAUUAGCAAACAGACUCAACAUCUGGAUGUCAACAAACUGUGUCACACAUGUUUAGAUCCUCCAGACUCUGUAUCUCUGAUAGUCCUCAUCUCUGCUGCUGCUGCUGCUGGAUCUCUGUUGAUUGCAGCCAUAAUUGUGAUCAUCUGCAUCUGCAGGAAAUUAAAGGCAAGGGAAAAAGGCAGGACUCAGAUAACACCGUGUAAAUCAUCAUCACGAAAAAAGAAAUCAAAGCAGGAGCAUGUGUAUGGAAAUUUAACCUCAAAACGAUGACCAAAUACCGAAUCUACUGGAAUAAAAUAAAUGUUAGAGCUCUGCAGGCCCUGACUAACACCUCUUUAGUUUCCAUUCGUUUUCUGCCAGGAUGUUUUUCUUCCGACUCUGGUUUGUUCUUGCUUUUUUGAUUUUUAUCUUUUCUUUUCUUUUCUUUUUCCUUUUUUUUUUCUUUUGUACAUGCACUCUAAUUGUUAUGUCUUGAAAUAUUGCUGCUAUGUGUAUGAGUUUAAUUUAGUGCUUCACAAAUAGCAUAGCAUUCAGAAACUCAUCUUAAUGUUUUAUUUUCUAGCUUUUCUAACUUGCAUGGAACUUUAGCCUAUUAAAUACUGACCCCCAGCUCUCACUGUUUUCUGUCACUUAGUCUACUCCUUUUUAAAUAAAUAAAAAUAAACGUCAAUUGCAUGGUGGUAUGUAACACACACACAAUAAGCUCUGCUGGAUAUUUUGGCAAAUUCAGCACAAUCACAUCACCGCUCUCUGGUGUCGAAAGCAGAAAAUCACAUCUCUCUAGCGCUACUUUUACCUGACACAGUACGCUACAAAUAGAUGCUUCAUGCAGAUUUGAAACCUUUGUGAAUCAUCUCCAGUGAUGCAGAGCGCCCAAUCAGACUGUCAAAGUCACGUGAUUUCAGUAAACAACGUUUCGUCAUAACUCUUUCAAAAUUUUAGUGGUUCGCCACUAGGGGGCGAUCAUCUCUGAGAACU